AUGACGGCCGAUCAAAGACAUUUAGGACAUCUUCAGUAUCGUGAUUGCCUCUACUCUCCCGCUGUUUCGCGCAGUUAUUGCUUCGCGAGGCUGCUCGCUCUACUUAUAUUGGACAUGGAUUAUAACAAACAUUCAGAAGAAGAUUUUGCAGAAAGAUUUCAAUACAACAAACAUCAAGGGACUGAAAAUUCUAACGGGGAUGAAUCGAGGACCUCAAAAGACACCCACCCACCCAUACACGAGAAUUUGGACGAAACCUGGGAUUUAUUAAAAGAUACAAAAAGAAGAAGACGCUUCACAGAUAACAGAGUGAUCAUUACACAACAUUUUACGGAGAGGACACUCACACCUGGUGGUGAUGUAAGUAUGCAAUGCACAGCUAUAGGAGACAGACCACCACAAUUCACUUGGCAUAGAGAUGGAGUUGCCAUAUCAAGUAGCACUGAUACAAGGUAA